GAAGGGCAGGCGUGGGGAAGUUGCGCAGGCGCGGUGUGGGCAGCAGCAUGGCGUCCAGGUCCAAGCGGCGAGCCGUGGGGAGUGGGGUGCUGCCGCCGCCGGUGGCUGCGGUUCUGCGCGAUGGCGAAGAGGAGGAAGACGAGGAUGAGGACGAAGGCAGUGACGAAGACAGUGAGGAAGAAGAGGACGAAGAGGAUGAGGUUGUUGACGAGGAAGUGAAUAUUGACUUUGAAGCUUAUUCCAUCUCACAUAAUGAUUAUGACGGAAUUAAGAAGUUACUGCAGCAGCUUUUCCUAAAGGCUCCUGUGAACAUUGCAGAGCUAACAGAUCUCUUAAUUCAACAGAACCAUAUUGGGAGUGUGAUUAAGCAAACGAAUGUUUCAGAAGACAGCGAUGAUGAUAUGGAUGAAGAUGAAAUUUUUGGUUUCAUAAGCCUUUUAAAUUUAACCGAAAAAAAGGGUACCCAGUGUGCUGAACAAAUAAAGGAGUUGAUUCUAAGCUGUUGUGAGAAGAACUGUGAAAAGAGCAUGGUUGAACAACUGGACAAGGUUUUAAAUGACACUACCAAGCCCGUAGGCUUUCUCCUCAGUGAAAGAUUCAUCAAUGUCCCUCCACAGAUCGCUCUGCCCAUGCAUCAGCAACUUCAGAAAGAACUAACAGAAGCACACAAAACUAAUAAGCCAUGUGGGAAGUGCUACUUUUACCUUCUGAUUAGCAAGACGUUUGUGGAAGCUGGAAUAAACAACUCCAAAAAAAAAAGGAACAUCCAAAAGAAAGAUGAGUUAAUGUUUGCAAAUGCAGAGGAAGAAUUUUUCUGUGAGAAGGCGAUUCUGAAGUUCAGCUACUCAGUGCAGGAGGAGAGCGACACUUGUCUAGGAGGCAGAUGGUCCUUUGACGAUGUACCCAUGAAGCCUUUGCGAACUGUGAUGCUGAUUCCAGGCGAAAGGAUGAACGAAAUCAUGGACAAGCUGAAAGAACACCUAUCUGUCUGACCCAUUCCCUGUGGGUACUGAUGGGCUUGCUUUAUAGAAUUACCAGAAAAUUCAGUGAAGACUUACUGAAAAUCUCGUGACUUUAUUCAGAUUGAGGUCCUCUACAAAAAGU